UUGGCACCUUAUUAUUACUAUCUCCUUGGUUUCCUUCUCUCAUUUAUGUCUGAAUAGUUUUUGCUUAUCUCUCUCAGUUGUCCAACAAAAACAGACUACUUUGCUUUUUUUAUUUUCUCUCUCCAAACAAAGAAAAAAAGAAAAAAAAUCAUGUCUUCUCCAAGCAAACGCCGAGAGAUGGACCUCAUGAAACUGAUGAUGAGUGAUUACAAGGUAGAGAUGAUCAAUGAUGGCAUGCAAGAAUUCUAUGUGGAUUUUCAUGGACCCAGUGAGAGUCCUUACCAUGGAGGUGUAUGGAGGAUAAGAGUAGAAUUACCAGAUGCUUAUCCUUAUAAAUCUCCCUCAAUUGGAUUUAUAAAUAAGAUCUACCACCCAAAUGUUGAUGAGAUGUCAGGCUCUGUUUGUUUAGAUGUAAUUAAUCAGACAUGGAGCCCCAUGUUUGAUCUGGUAAAUGUGUUUGAAGUAUUCCUACCACAAUUGCUUCUCUAUCCCAAUCCAUCUGACCCUCUGAAUGGAGAAGCUGCUGCUUUGAUGAUGAGAGACCGAGCUGCUUAUGAAUUAAGAGUUAAAGAAUACUGUGAAAAAUAUGCCAAGGCAGAAGACAUUGGAGCUGCUGCAGAGGACAAAUCGAGCGAUGAGGAGGAACUGAGUGACAACGAGUCUGAUUCCGGUGAUGAUCAAGUUGUUGGCCAAGCAGAUCCCUAAAAUAUGAGAGGGGUUUCUGUUCUCUCUGUAUCUGUACAUUAUGUUUUAGCCAUCGUAAAAUUCAUCUGAAACUCCAUUUAAGACUGUACAUUUGGUAGGGGGAAAAAUUUCCCCACCCCUCUUUAUUUCCUUCUUCCACUGUAAAUAAAGUAUGUUCCAGAUUGCAAUCUUUGUUAUGUCUCUUAAAUUUAGUGUUAUCGCAUUGUGUGAUAGAUAUGACACUACAUUAUGCAAUGCAAUUUCUUUUGGUCUUUCGGCCUUACAGGCA